AACAAUUUAACAUGGAUAGUCAAGACUGGCCCGAACGGUGGAAAGGCAUCUACACUUAUUUGGAACGGCCACUAGACAGCAAUGCAAAUGUGUCUGACAUUCAAGUCAAGAAGUUUUUGCAUAGUUGCAAGAUUCUGGUUAUUGGUGCUGGAGGUCUUGGCUGCGAAUUACUCAAGAAUCUGGCAUUGUCAGGAUUCAAAGAUAUUCAUGUCAUUGAUAUGGACACUAUCGACGUAUCUAAUCUCAACCGUCAAUUCUUGUUUAGACAAAAGGAUGUUGGUCAACCUAAAGCCACCACUGCUGCCAAAGUCAUUAUGGACAGAAUCCCUGGAGUUCAAGUCACUCCUUAUUUUGGCAAGAUCCAGGACAAGGAUGAACAGUACUAUUCGCAAUUCAACAUUAUUGUUUGUGGUUUGGACUCGGUCGAAGCUCGUCGAUGGAUGAAUGCUACAAUUGUAGGCAUGUUUGAUGAAGACGAUCCUACAACACUCAAACCCAUUAUCGAUGGCGGCACGGAAGGAUUCAAGGGCCAAAGCAGAGUGAUUCUUCCUCGUAUAUCUGCAUGCUAUGAAUGCUCUUUAGAUAUGCAGACCAAACCAGUUACUUUUCCAAUGUGUACUAUUUCAAACACUCCCAGACUUCCCGAACAUUGCAUCGAAUACGCUUCGACUGUUGCUUGGCCAAAACAGUUUCCAGAUACAAAAGUUGACGGAGAUGAUCCUACUCAUAUUCAAUGGCUGCUCAAUACUGCCCUCGAGCGUGGUCGCGAAUUCAAUAUCACUGGCAUCACUUAUACUCUGACUCAAGGUGUUGUCAAGAACAUUAUUCCAGCAAUUGCAUCUACCAAUGCCAUAGUUGCAGCCUCGUGUGCCAAUGAAGCAUUCAAGAUUGCUACAAAUUGUGCAGCCUACAUGAACAAUUACAUGAUGUACGUUGGUGAUCAUGGCGUCUAUGCAUAUACCUUUGAACUUCAGCGUAAAGAAGAUUGUCCAGUGUGCGGAUCUGCUCAGUUAAAGUUGACUAUUUCGGGAGACAAAACACUGGAUGAUUUGAUAGAGGUUUUGCUUGAUACACAGGAAAUUCAACUCAAGGCACCAUCAUUGCGCACCAAUUCAAAGUCGCUAUUUAUGCAAGCACCCAAGAUGCUACGUGAAGCUACUCUACACAACCUGAAAAAACCAAUCAAGGACUUGGUAGCUUCUGGUGAAGCCAUUACUGUUACCGAUGCACAUCUUCCCAUUAGUAUGGAACUUACUCUUGAAUUUAAAUAGUACGUUAAUGUAUCUUGACAGUAAAACCACUUGCAUGAUCAAGCGCUACCAACAGAAUAUUUCGAAAUAAAACUGAAUAUAUGAUG